UCGGCUUUCCGCGUCGCAUCUCCGAUCCUCCUCCAUCAGCUCCAAUUUAUUCUCAGGGCGCUCGAUUAACACGAGUGUCGACCCCGCAUUUUACUUUCAUGAUUCCUUCAAUUGAGAAUUGAGUUCUCUUUCUUGUCUUUCUCAUCUUGUAAUAAUAUUUCUCCCUUAUCAGCCUUCAACACACCCCUCGCCUUCGCUACGACCUCUACCGCACCCUCCUCCGCUCCGCUUCAUCUCAAUUCAACCAUCGCCAUCUCCACCGCCAUGUCGGUCUGGAACCCAGAUAACAUCCGCGAUGUUGCCGAGUCGGUGGGCAUCGUCAACCUCAACAACGAUGUGACCGAGAACCUUGCCCGUGACGUCGAAUACCGCAUCGCGCAGGUUCUGGAAGAAGCCCUCAAAUUCAUGCGCCACAGUCGACGAACGUUGCUCUCAACACAGGAUGUCGCACAAGCCUUGCGCGUGCUCGACGUCGAGCCACUCUACGGAUAUGAAUCUACGAGGCCCUUGCGGUUCGGGGAGGCGUCGUUGGGACCUGGACAACCGCUGUUCUACGUGGAAGACGAGGAGGUGGACUUCGAAAAGCUGAUUAACGCGCCAUUACCCAGAGUGCCCCGAGAAAUCUCGUUCACAGCGCACUGGCUCGCCGUUGAAGGAGUGCAACCGUCCAUCCCUCAGAACCCUACCGCGGCCGACUCGAGAAACCUCGAAUUGAUGUCCAAAGGUCCUAACGCUAGCUCGACGCUCGCGGCUAUGAGUGGAGGGGGCAAUGUGGCCGUCAAACCGCUGGUCAAGCAUGUCUUGUCCAAGGAACUCCAGCUCUACUUCGAAAAAGUCUGCAACGCCUUCCUGGACGAUUCCAGCGAAGAAUAUCGCACAUCAGGCUAUGCUAGCCUACGAGAGGAUCCGGGACUGCACCAGCUGGUCCCAUACUUUGUUCAGUUCAUUUCCGAGAAGGUGACCCACGGCCUGAAGGAUAUCUUUGUCCUUACGCAGGUCAUGCACAUGGCGGAGGCCCUCGUGCAGAACAAAUCACUAUAUGUUGACCCUUAUAUCCCAUCACUUGUCCCGCCCAUUCUCACCUGCCUGAUCGCCCGACAACUGGGCGGCAGCGCUGAAUUGACCGAGCAGUUUGCCCUCCGUGAUCUUUCCGCGUCGCUCCUGGGUCUCAUUGCUAAGAAGUACUCGCAUUCCUCUCAUACGCUCAAGCCACGACUGGCUCGCUCAUGUCUGAAGACGUUUUUGGAUCCAUCCAAACCAUUUGGGGCACAUUACGGCGCCAUCAUUGGACUUCAUGCGGUUGGCGGUGCCGAGGCGGUGCGGGUUCUGAUUCUGCCUAACCUGCCGACCUACGGGAACCUGUUGAAGGACGGAAUGGCGGAGGACAGCCCACGGCGACCGGAGGCCGAAAGAGUUCUCAUGGUUUUGAUGGGGGUUCUGGCAACGUUGCGGGAAGGACGCACGGCCCUCACCAACGGGCACGGGGGCGUUGUCACGGAAGACCUGCGGGAGCGAUUGAGUGGGAAAGUGGGUGACUUUCUGGCGACGAAGAUCAAGGACGUGGGGGAGGUGGAAACCGCGCGGGCCAUUCUCGACGCUUGACCGGUUGAACGGUUGAAACCUACAGUACCUAAGGUGGUACUAGGGCCCUAGGCUACAGCAACCCCUCUUUUGUCGGUCCGUAUGGGAUGAUUCAUAUUUCUUUUGUUUGCUUCUGUUGCAGCAAGAGAUGGCGUUUUGGAAAAGGAAAUAGGUGUUCUUGUUCUUUCUUGUUUUCCUUUCUCGCCCCCCCCCCUCCCCCCC